AUGGUAUACAGUUUAUGGGAAGCGGCCCAGAGCCUCACACUAUCCCCCCAAGCGCGCUGCCUCGUUGGAUUGUAUGACUCGCAAGUUAGCCCGCUUGCCGAUCAAACGGAGAAUGCUCGUUUCUUGGUUGGUUGCCAGUCUGUGAAGCCUAAUGGGAGCCAGGUUCACUUGAUAACUUUAGAAGACGGAGAUGUGUGCCAGUCAUUUUGUCUCAAAAGCCAAUCCUUUAUUCACCCCGAUGGCGAAGUUGUCGGUUUAACCGUCCUGCCUGCUGCUCCCCUUCUCUUUGUUUCGGUAUAUUCAUCCAUCUCGGAGAAUAAAACAGAGGUCACUAGCGGUGCUCGAAUCUGGCGACUCCCGCCUCCAUCUUCACCGGCUGACUCAGGGGAUGAAAAGGAAAUCGACUUUGCGGAUCAACCCGUCGAGCAGUUGGAAUUCGUUUCUAGCCUUCCCUGCGAUGACUUCUCCUCAGUAAAAAAGGUCGCUGCCCAUCCCUCAGAAACUUGCACCGAUUUUGCGUGCGUUCUCGGACCUCCACUCCCAGGAACCAGUCACAUGCCCAACGGUGUCGCAUCGGGACGCGGUGUAUUUCCUGGCUCGAGUUUUCUGGCAAUUCUGAAGGCCAGCUCGAGUGAUGGCAACGACUACGCCAUCGACUCGUGUGUCCAGCUGCGUCUUCCCAGUGGAAACACGAGCCUCGAGGAAACCCAGUCGACAAAGGGUGUCGUUUCUACCCCCGCAAACGCCAUCCGCUGGUCGCCACAUCGAAAUGCCAGUACCCUCGCAGUCGCCUUCGACUCGGGGGUACUUGGGAUAGACACCCGAUGCAUGCAGCCCUGUUUUUGGCUGGGAGACAUCCAUUGGCCGUGUGUUCGUGACCUUGACUUCAACCCCAACCAGGAUCACAUUUUAGCUACAGGCGGUGACGAUGGGUGCGUCAGUGUCUGGGACCUCCGCCUCUACGGGUCUUCGGGGAGUCAGAAUUCCGUCAACCCAAAACAUGAGGGCUUCUCGUUCAGAACUGUCACGUCUGGUGGUGGGAUAGGCUUGAAACCCCUGACCACUCUCUCAGCGCACUCUCAUUGGAUUUGGUCCGUCAGGUAUCACCCGACACGUGAUCAGCUGCUUCUGUCUGGAGGCAGUGACUCCUGCGUUUGCCUUUACGGCCUACCGAGUUUGUCUUCUGACGCCAAGGAGGUGAAGCCGCAGGGCGCCGCCAAGUCUCCCCCGAGGCACUGCUCACCCCCCUCCUCCUCCUCUCCCCAUGGCUCGGAUAUUUCCAUUGAAAGUCUCGAGGAUGGUUUGUUGGCGAAGCUUGAUCAGCACGAGGAGAGUGUCUACGCAGUCGACUGGAGCCCAGUGGAUCCGUGGAUAUUCGCUUCUGUUAACUACGAUGGACACUUCAUCGUGAACCAGGUUCCCCACAAGAUCAAGCUGGGCAUCCUCCUUCAAAAGGACAAUGAUGAAGAGGAUGAUUUGACGGGAGAUGAUUUCGACAAGGUGUAG